AAACAUGGCUUCAGUAUAGUCGAACGAUAAAGAGUUAAAUUUUGAAUAAAUCGUAUAGAAUUAUCUAUAUAGGCUUUGACGACUAUUUGUCAUAGACGGUGUUUCAAUCAAUAAACGAGAAUGGAUUUUCUACUUGGCGGAACUGCUGCUACAUGUGCUGGUGUAUUUAGUAAUCCAUUCGACGUAAUUAAAACGAGACAACAAUUACAAGGUGAAUUACAAAAGCACGUGAAAAAUUCGAAACAACCGUACGGUACACAAUGGUCAGCUAUCAAAACAAUUGUGAAAUCAGAAGGAUUAUUAGGUUUACAGAAAGGGUUGGUGCCAGCACUCUCAUUUCAAUUUGUAAUGAAUAGUACGCGUCUCGGUUUAUUUGAAACCGUUGAUCAAUUGAAUUGGACCCGUUUCACUCCAUCGUCGUCACAUUCAACGGUAUUAUGUGCAUUUUGGGGUGGUGUAUGUGGUGUCGCUGGUUCGGCAGUCGGAUGCCCACUUUAUAUGGUUAAAACUCAAUUACAAGCUCAAUCGAGUGGAAUUGGCAGUCAGGUGGUCGGUUUUCAACAUGGCCAUUCGGGGAUGAUGAAUGCACUUAUUAGUACGUUUCAAAAUCAAGGUGUACGUGGACUUUGGCGUGGAUUUGAGGGUAUCGUACCACGAACUGCGGUCGGUUCAGCCAUACAAAUGACAACAUUCUCAAUGUCCAAAGAUUUCCUAUCGAAAUACGAAACAUUUCAACAAUCAUCAUUCUUAACCCCGUUGGCAUCAAGUAUGAUAAGUGGCGUUUUUUUAAGCAUUGGCAUGACUCCGUUUGAUGUAGUUGCUACGAGACUCUUCAAUCAAGGAGUCGAUCAAAAUGGCAAAGGCUUAUUGUAUCGAAAUGUGUGCGAUUGCUUUGUUAAAACAUUCAAAAUCGAAGGUAUUCGAGGUCUAUACAAAGGAUUCAUCGCCAACUAUUGCAGAUGUGCACCACACACCAUACUCAAUCUUACUUUUUGGGAUAUGUUCAAAAAAUGGAAAGAUAUUUAUCUAUCAGACGAAGCAAAUAUUUUCUUUGAAUAAUAUCAUACCUUCUACCAACUGAGCACUUUAUCAGUUUCAUCAAUUCUUCAUUGUCGUUGUUAUCUAGUGCGUAAUGGUUUUUCAUUAGUACAAUCGCACCAGUUUGUUGUUUUUGUGUAUUUCGUUUGUGAUAUAGUCUGGUUUAUCUAGACUUUAAUAAGGUGUUUUCAGC